AUGAUUCGUACCGAUUAUGUUUCCUGCCGUGAAUUCAUCCUGCAGCUGAACAAACAAGCAUCACGCUGCAACUAUGGUGAUCGCCUGGAAGAACAAAUGUGUGACCGCUUGGUGGCAGGCAUCAAUAAUCUGACUCUUCAACGGAAUUUGCUGGAGAAGAAAGAUUUAACUUUUGCCGAUGCCCGCAAGAUCUGUGAGCAGCACGACGAACUGAUGAAAGUCACUUCCAGCGAAUCAGUCACAUUAUUCCAACGGCAGAAGACACGACCGAACCGACCUCCAUUGCCCACGAGUGUACCGAAGCCGCAUCACGACUCUUCAGGAAACGAGAAACGUAUCAGUCCCUGUUUGUCAUGUAGAGCUUACCAUAUGCGCUCCAGUUGCGGCUUCCGAAAUGCUAAGUGUCAUGCAUGUGGGAAAAAUGGCCACAUUCGGAGAGUGUGCAAACAGCCCCGUUGCAAUCUUGCGCAGCCGACUGCUGCGAAUGACACAAAUCUACUGCUCUCUCUACGAUCCGAAAGCCAACGCACCCAGUUCCUAUACACAGAUAUGACAUUACAGUCCAGCACAGCACACAAAUUCAUUGUUGAUACGGGAAGCAUGGAAUCUAUCAUUUCCAUUGCUGUGCUUCGAUCAAUCUUCCCCCAAGCCAAAAUCCAUCCGACCUCUGUGCAAAUCCUUGGGGUGACUGAACACAAACUACCAUUGAUUGGUGAGGUUUCAUUGAUGGUACAUUACAAAGAACAUCGCCUUGUUCCCAUCCGCUUCCUAAUUGCUAAAAACAGUCCAUCCAUACUUGGCCUAAUCGCCAUUCGUGAAUUGAACCACUGUGUAUUGCUUCAUACAUACACCAUAUCCAAUAUGCACAUCUAUCUACAGCACCUGGUCGUGAAAUGUUCCAAUAAUACGGGAGGUAUGAACGUAAAGCCGGCCAAACUGGAAGUUGAUGGUGAACCCAUUUUCCUGAAACGACGUGUAAUUCCCUACGGCCAACGUGAUGGUGUACUGCAGGCCCUUGAAAAAAUAGAGCGCGAUGGCACAAUCACACGAGUCACAUCCAGUACGUGGGCAACGCCAAUCGUGAACUCGAUUAAGAGUGACAGCAAAACACCGAUUAACCCUUAA